UCUCUCUCUCUCUCUCUCAUGAUCCCAAGUUCAUCAUCGCCAUCACCAUCGCCAUCACCAUCAUCAUCAACUUCUUCCUCUCUCUCUCUCUCUCUCUGUCUCUCAGAUACAAUGUUGUCAUUCAUUCUAAUCCUGUGCAAAAUGAAGUCUCACAGGGCAUACAUCCCUCUAUUUGUGGUCACAGCCCUGAUAUGCACUUGUGCACUUAUGGUUCUCUUAUUCACAGAGAAAGUCACUUCACUCUCUUCUUUCUCCAUUUUCAGACUCAUAUCCUGCGCCAACAGAGAUGCUCUCCCUAAAUACAGAAUUGGAAGUGGAGAAUAUAGGCCCGAGAUCGACGACGACCGGUUCGAGUUCGACCCGGAAGAGUGCAAUGACACAGCGAGAGGGAAGUGGGUGUUCAAUGCUUCACUCAGGCCUCUCUACUCAGACCGGAGCUGCGCUUAUCUGGAGAAGCAAGUGACCUGCAAACGAAAUGGACGGCCUGAUUCGGAUUAUCUCCAUUGGGAAUGGCAAGCAGAUGAUUGCUACUUGCCCAAAUUUAAACCAGAAGUUGCUCUGAAGAAGCUUCGGGGGAAGAGGCUAAUGUUUGUUGGGGACUCCAUACAGAGAGGCCAGUGGAUGUCCUUCGUUUGCAUGGUGCAAUCCAUCAUACCAAAGGACCAGAAGUUCCUCAGUCGCUCUCCCUCUCGCUCUCACUUAAUCUUCAGAGCCAAGGAAUAUAACACAACAAUCGAGUUCUACUGGGCUCCAUUUCUGGUGGAAUCGAACACGGAUCAACACAUUAUUUCAGACCCAAACAAGAGAAUAUUGCGCAUUGAUUCGAUCUCCAAGCACGCCAAAAUCUGGAAAGGGGUGGACCUCCUGGUGUUCAAUUCCUACAUUUGGUGGAUGAGUGGUCCCCUUAUAAAUUCACUGUGGGGAUCGUUCGCAAAUGGAGAAGAAGGGUACGAAGGGUUGGACAGGAUGACGGCAUAUAGACUCGCUUUGAAGACCUGGGCGAAUUGGAUCGACUCCGCCAUUGAUCCGAACCGAACCCGUCUCUUCUUCACUACUUUGUCUCCCACCCACAUCAAAAGCGAAGACUGGGGCAAUAAAAAUGGCAUCAAAUGCUACAACGAAACGAAACCAGCAAUGAAGGUCACGAGAUCGUGGGUCGACAGAAUGCCUGAUGUGGUUUCCAGCAUAGUGAAGAAGAUGAGGGUCCCUGUCACUUUCAUCAACAUAACACAGUUAUCCGAGUACCGGGUCGAUGGCCACGUGUCGGUUUAUGGUGAGAGCAGGGGCAAGAUCGUUUCAGAACAUGAAAAAUGGCGGAUCAUGAGCAGGACAAGAGACGUCAGAAAAUCUGCGCAGCACACACAUCGUCACCUUCAUCAUGUUGCAAAGCUUAUGGAGGCUAAAAUUCGUCCUCUUGUAAACCUUUGGGGACGCAAACAAGACCAAGCUUGCCUCUCUACGAAACGGGCCAUCUAGUUGGGCCGGAGUCCACAAAACGAGUCUCGACUGUUCAAACGCUUCCCUCACUUACGCCCUAGACAGUCAAAAGCUGAAGACUCACGCAGGAUCGAGAGACAUCGCGAAGAAGCAAGAGGCAACUUCAUUCGCUCUCUCCUUGUAUGCUAUUUUAGCCACCCAAGGUCACUCCCCCACGCUCAGAGCUUUCACUGAUCAUAGGUUAUCUUGGUCGAAGCUUCUCCGUUAGGCCAUCAGGAAUUGGUGCUGUUCCUGUUUGGUUAGUUUGCAGAAGCAAAAGCGAUCUCAAAUCUUCAGUUUUGUUGCUUUGCAGUCCUGUGCGUGCACUGCAUAUUCUGAGAUUUGAGAAAAUUUCAGAGACGAAACUGGCUGCCAUUACUGAGUUGAUCUUCUUAGAUCUUUGGCGUUUGCCAUGGGGUUUUGCCGGUUGUUUCUGCUAGUGUUGUUGUGUUUGCUCUAGUUCUUUUACUUCAGCUCCCUUCCACUUAUUCUGCUUUUUUGCACUAUUAGUGAAAGUUUUUGGCGCC